AGCCACUCCUCCGAGGCUGCCCAGGCAUGAUUCCGGGAUUAUUUUUUGUACCGGCCUCGCAGCCUUGGCCGUCGCAUCAACUGUUGGAGGCGAGAGUGGCAGCCUUUCUCGAGGCACUCUCUUUGUUCCUCCGAGACUUCUUUCUUUUCCCCCUCUCUAGUUUUUCCCUUCUCUCCCUCCACAUUGCCACCACCAGAUCAGCUGAGAUCUCACUUUCGAUUCAGUGACUGGCUUUAAGUAGAGAGGCAGCCGAGCUGGACCUCGUCUUGUAGGCUCUUCUUGGCACUUGGUGAUCGCCACUGGGCUCGAUCUAGUGAUCCCAGCGCAUGAGCACAGGCGAACCGUAGGGCUAUAGGCAGUCGCUAGCCCCUGCCUUGUUCAGUUCAGUGACGAGCGCAGGUGCUAGUGCUGAAGCAAGCCUCACCGCCUGAACCCUGAAGGUAGAUCGACGUCUGAUCGCAUACGAAGACUUGAACGCCGGUCAAGCAGCCAUGAGCGGGUUCGGGCAGAGGUCGCGGCCGUGGCCAGGGGACCCCACGUCCACGCCGUCAGAGCCAGCCGCGGCGGUGGCGGCGGCCGCGGACGCGAGGGGCGAGGCGUCCACGCUCAAGGACUUUGGCACGUCCAUGGACGCCAUCUCCUUCGGGUUCGCGGCCACGGCCAUCCUCAUAUCGCUCUUCCUCCUCAUGGCCAUCUUCGAGCACCUCAUCAAGCCCCGGGCCUUCCCGCCGGACUCCCCCGACGGCACGCCCCGCGCCGCCCGCCACCGGCACGGCCGCUCGCCCGGCAAGCUCCGCAGCCCGCCCAUGUCUUUGGCGUCUUUCUCAGGUGGAGGCGGUGCUGCAGGCGGCGGACCUGUCGGUGCUGAUGCCGGGGCAGCGGUACCCGACGUACCUGGCGCAGCCGGCGCCGCUGCCGCCGUCGUGCCCGAGGGAAGGUGUGCAUUGGCCGCCGCACGACCACCACGCUUCGUACAUGCCACCCUGAUGCCUCCAUGGAGCGUGUCCGGCGCACAAGACCACGCUCACGCAGCAUGCUGUGUCCACCGUACCGUACGCAUUGCUCAUUCAGCAUUCAUCCUGUCUGUAUACCGGAGGGGGGUUGUAAGUCAAAUGCAGGUGAUGGCGAAUCUGAAACGGACGCGCUCUGUCCUGGCCGCCUGUUUGUUCUUGUCCGCACGAACCGUCCUUUCCAGAUGCCGGAAUCGCCAAUAGUUCAGGCGCAACCGUCCAGGGUUUACCUGGCAAUCAGGGCCGCGAAUGUGCAGCUGUUCCUGUUCGAUCGCAACAGUUUAGGAGCAGAGCAGUGUUUGUUUGUCCUCGAAAGGAUGAUGGUCCUGUAAACUCCACUGCACAUCCAUGCGACGUGCUGCCAGCCACAUGCUGAUCCUUUUGGCGUGAUGGCAUGUAACCACCGAUGCCCAUGGGGGCUUGGCUACUCAAGUUUCGUAGCAUGAUUGGAGCGUGUGUGUGCAGGACUAGGAGUGCCCAAGCUCAGCAAAUACACUGCGCGUGUCAUCAUGUGCCGAUACAGUGCACGACGAAGAAGGCUCUGAGUGUGAAGGCAUGCAUGAACAGAUCGACGGUCUAACAGAAAGCAGGAAGGGUAUGGUGUGCCCUGCCCGUCAGACAUGGCGUGAGGUGAGAUCAGAGGAGAAAUUUGCGCCCGGUGCGGCCUCCUGGGCCGGCACGGAACUCUGAAACUGUUGGAUAUGAAAGCAACAAUGUCCCAGGGACUCGAGCCUUGCACGUCUGCAACACGAGAUCCAAGUAGUAGCUCAGUCCUAGAUAGGAAGGUCAAAGAACGACUGCUAGCCUGAAGAUGAGCAUUUCGGAUCGUUCAGUCUUUCAAUCAGACAGAUUAAUUCUUCAAAAACAAUGUAGCAGCCUGGACAUGAAACACAUAGCGCCUGUUUGGUUUAA